GAUACAACGUUGCGCAUGUCAUUGUUGCUAUCAACAAAUUUUAAGCAACGGAUCGAGUUGUAAAUAAAUAAAUUACUUAUAGUUCUAGAAUUAGUUUGUCAGGCGAAAGCGAUUAAUCACUUAACACUCUCCAGCAAAUUUAGAAAAGCUACAAUAAUUCUGAAGUGAUUCAGUUUCCGGAGUUAUUUUUUUUUUUUUAAAUUCCCUUUUCAGUAAAUAUUUAAGAUGCCUACCAAUCCAGAUGAACCUUACUACUGUUCUCAACAAAUCAGUAUACCUCCAGAAUUACCUGAUAUUUUAAAACAGUUUACAAAAGCUGCUAUCAGAACACAACCGAAAGAUGUAUUGGCAUGGUCAGCAGCUUAUUUCCGUGCUAUGUCGAAAGGGGAAACCCCACCAGUAAAAGAGAGAUUAGAAAUGCCAGUAGCCACACAGAAAACAGACACAGGUUUAACACCAGGUUUAUUAAGAGUUCUAAAUAGACAGUUAGGUCCUAAAAAGACUGCACCUAUUAGUGUAAUAGAGGAGAAAUGGUUAGAUUUGUCUUUACCUAAAGAACAGUUUGAUGAUAUGGUUAGAAUUGGUACAUUUGGAGGUGAUGUUGAGUGGAAUAAAUUUUUAGCUAUUGCAGCUUCAGCAUUAGGAGAGAAUAUAACACAAUCUAUGAAAACAAUAUGUGAAAUUUUAACAGCAGAUCCAGAGGGUGGUCCAUCACGUAUUCCUUUCCCAUUGUUUAAAGAAUUAUAUACAUAUCUAGCUCAAAUAGAUGGUGAAAUCUCCCAACAACAAAUCAAUGAUGUAGUCAGUCACCUUCAGUAUGAUGUAGAUAAACAAGAAGGCUACGUUCAACCAAGAAAUUUUUGUGGUUCUGAUUGCCCCAAACUCUCCUGAAAUUAAUCAGGAACUAUUUCGAAUGUUAUAUUUUUAAAAGUCAUUCCAUAAUUAUGUUGUUGAUAUUCUUAUAAUGUUUUUGUUACAAUAAUUACAAACAUUCUAAUAAUCUGUUCAGCAAAUUUGUAUGUUUGUAUUUAGUCCGUCCACAUGAAUUCAAAUAUUUAAUUUAUUUAUUUCAUGAAUUUUAAAACAUGUAUCAGAAUUAUUGUAUGUGUUUUCAAAGAUAAAUCGAUUUAUGGAAACAAAAAUUUAAUAACAAGUUCUAUUUUGCUCUGAAUGACUUGACUCUUAUAACCGUUGACAAAAAACUGUGUAAAUAGAACUUAAUAUUGAGAUAUUAUAUGUUGUUGGGGCUGCAUAAAAUUUUAAAAAUAAAUAUGAUCAGUCAUCAGUAUCUUCUUUCUAGCACAGAAUCAACUGAUGUCUGACAGAGUCAUAAAUCAUGAACAUUUUGGUUAGCUCUCCUUGUGUUCCAACACACCUUUAUUGACAUACAAAGUUAUUUUUACACGCCCACGUUCGAUGUGGAUGUAUAUUAUUGUAACCUUCAUCCAGCAUUAGGUCAGAGUUAUUGACUGAUCUGUUUUUUUAAAAUUCUCACGCUUUUUUGCAUUGGAUUGCAAAUGCCGGAGUUGUUUGACAUCAGGGUUAAGGAAAUACCCUAGCGAAAUUGAGAUUGCAAAUCCCAGAGUUUUUUGAAGUCAGAGUAUUCUCCCUCCUAUUUUCCAAUUGAUGAAUACAGGUUCUGCAACAAAUUUUUUUAUUACACUUAAUGGGAUUAUUCAUUGAGGUAUGGGGAGGAACACUUUUGAUUUUCAAUAUUAUUAUUAUUGGAUUGUAAAUUUCAGACAUUUGGAACCAUGAUUUUUUGACAACUUUGCUGCAUUUUAUGUUUUAAUGACUCCCUCAAACAUAUUUUAUUAUUUGUUCAUAAAUUAAUAAAAUAUAAUUAACACUUGUA